AUGAGGUUGCCGCACAACCCUGGCCCUUGCGUGUGUGACAACGGCGUGACAGCAGUGUGCGUCUUUGGUUGCCUGAAGAAGCUGCCCAAUCGCAAUUCUGAUAUUCAUCUACAGACACACGGCUUUCUCCCUCCUUUCAUGGUCUCCGCUGCCACAAAGGCCCUGUCGCUGCCGCGUCUCUCGUCGCUGCUUGCCGGUGCUCUGGUGCUGAGACCUCUCCCUCUCUCCCCAAUGUCACGCCCAUCCACCCGCGCCUCCGAGCCCUACCACCACCCGCAGCAGCAGCAGCAGCCCUCCGACGAAGAAAUCACCUUCCGAGGCCGCCGCGGAGCAUCAUCACGCCCAAUGGACCGCUACCAGCCCCCCAGCCGCGACACGAGACCUCCAGCGCCGCCGCCGCUGUCCCUGCUGCGCGGCCGGUCUGAAGGUAGGCUGCACAGCAGGCCAGCCCCCACCCCCAGGCGGGACCUCGACGGGCCGUGGCGGGAGCCCCAUCAUGAUAGCACUGGAACAGGCUACGGCCACACCUCCUACCGCGGAGACAGCGGCCGAGGAGGGGGACGUGGGAGCUACGACAGAGGUGGUACGGGCUCCACACCAUCGCGGGCCCACCAUACAACAGCAGCAACAACAAGCUUCACCGGAGCAAUGAGGACCGCCAGCACACCCGACUAUGGGCGCGCCCAUUCGAGGAGGGAUUCGUACAGCUAUCCGGACACACCCGUGUCCAGCGAUGGCGGGGUGGCCCUCCCGAGUAAGUACGAGGGACAGGACUACCGGAGAAACGACCAAUGGAGAGGCGCCAACCUCCCGCCGCCGCCGCCGCCGCUUCUUCCCAUCCCCGGGUAUGCUAGUGUCAACGACUCCUGGCGGAACGAUGCCCGCUUCCCCCCGCCAGUCCCGGGCUCAAGCUCAAGCUACAGAGGAGGAGAGCCGCCGUACCCCAGGCCCAGCAGCAGCAGCAGCUACCCCGAGAGCGCCCCUCCCUACGCCCCGAGAGACUUUGGAUCCAGCUCCCGCGAGACUACGUUCCGGGGACGUGGCUCAUCGCGAGACUACCACACGGCUACGCCACGACAAGAAGUUGCCCGCAGGUCCGAAAAUCGCUACCCUCCUCCUCCCCACAUUCCCGUCUACUCUUCCACCCCGCUCCCCCCGCGGGGCCCUCUCUCGUCAGCGCGUUUCCGACAGGGUAUUGACAAGCACUCCAGAUACAGCUCAACCUCUGCGCCGCCACCACACACACACAGACCGCUCCCGCCCUCCUCCCCGCGCCCCGGCUCCAGAGCUCCCCCUCCUCGCGGGAGAAAGGCACCCCACUACGAGCGCCCCGAGCCCAGAACAAGGCUGCCCACUCGCCCCGAACAAGAGCCUAGCACAGCAGGAGGGCCUCCUGUCCGCGGUCGAAUGGACCCUCCUCCUCCUCAUCAUCACCAUCAUCGCUCAGACCCCCAUACCCACAUCCCGCUCGAAAAGACACGAAAAGCCGUCCCCGUCCCCACCGCCGAGUACCUCGCCCUCUCCCUGCAACCCGCGCGGCUCGCGUCGCCCGCGCCGGACCGCGAGCAGCUCAUCAUCCUCGACCUCAACGGCACGCUGCUGGCGCGCAAGUGCGGCCGCGCAAAGUCGGGCUCCAUCAACCCGACGCCGCGGCCGGGGCUGCGCGCGUUCUUGGGAUACAUAUUCCGCCACUUUGGCGUCAUGGUGUGGAGCAGCGCGCGGCCGGAUAAUGUGGCGCUGAUGCUGAAGGCGCUGUUUACGCCCGCGGAGAGGGGGAUGCUGUUGGCGGAGUGGGGGAGGGAUACGCUCGGGCUGACGAGGGUCGAGUUUAAUCAGAAGGUGCAGGUGUAUAAGCGCCUGGACCGGGUGUGGGAGGGGCAGUAUUGCGUUGCGUUUCCCGGGAGGGGCGGGUGGGGUCAGGGGAAUACGUUGCUGCUGGAUGAUAGUCCGGCAAAGGCGGUGGGGCAGCCGUAUAACCAUGUUGAGGUGUCGGAGUUCUUGGGGACGAUGAGGGAGGCGCGGGAGGAUAGGGUGCUGAUCAACUUGGUGGGGUAUCUUGAGGAGAUUAGGUGGCAGGGCAACGUGUCGGCGUUCAUUAGGACCGCGCCGUUCGGCGUCAGCGCGGGGAGGGAGGAGGUUGGGAGGCGGGUGUUGGCGGAGUUUGGGUAUGUGGAGCCGGUGGUGGAGAGUCUGACGGAGGGGCAGCUGGAGGUGGAGCGGGUGGAUGAGCGCGAUGAGCGCUACUUGAAGGUGAAAAAGGAGAAGAAGAGGGUGGUGGGUGAAGCGGAGCUGCAGAGGAAGAUGGAGAAGAAGGCGAGGAAGAAGGAGAGGAAGAGGGAGAAGAUGGAGGCGGUGAGGGCGGGGGGUGCGAAGGAGGUGGGUGGCGGCGGGGGGGUGCAGGUGGAGGUGGAGGUUGAGGGAUGUUGGGGGGGGGGGGGGGGUUUGUUGGGGGGAUAA